GAUUUUGAACCACAUUUUUGCCUUUCAAUUGUAUUCAUUGUUUUUUGUUUUUGAUUAAGCUUAAAUUUUAUAAUUAAUUUAUUUUUCUAUCUAUUUGGUGGUUCCUUAUCUUGAUCUUGGUUGCUUUCACUUUCCUUACUGUAAUUUAUUAGCUGAAAAAUUGAUCAAUCAAGAUGGAUGUUCCUGAUAAUUUGAAAAAUCAAUUGAAUGUGUUCAGGAGUAAAAUGUCUUCUCUUAAAAGUGAUUGUCAAGCUUUAUUGCAUAAAUAUGAUUCUAUUCGAGAAAAUAUUGAUGGAAACGCUUUGGAGGAAGCUUCACUCGAUCUAGCAGCUGCCUUUACAAUCAACUCAUUGUUUUGGAUUUAUUUGACAUGUAAAGGAUUGGAUACUAAAAAUCACGAUCUGAAACUUGAGAUUAAUCGUAUUAAACUAGCCAACAUGAGAUUAAAAAAGCUGAAAGAUUCAGCUAAAGCUCCUAAACUUGAUGUACCAGCAGCACAAAGAUUUAUAAGGCAUUCCCUAUUUGAUCCGAAGGAUGAAGUUUCUGAGCGUACUGGUAAAGUUUCUUAUGAUUAUGAUGGCGAUGAUGACGAUAAUAACAAGAGAAAAAGAAAGCGAUUAGAAGAGGAAGUUGGAGACGUAAAGAUGGAGCAAGAUGAUGAUCAUAAUGAAGAAAGUGAAGACGAUGAAGAUGAUGAAGAUAAAGUUGAAACUAAUGAAGAUAAGACCAGUCUUGUUAAUGAAGGAAACAAGGGUGGACUCAAUGUACGAAAAAGAGGAAAAAGAGGCAAAAGAGGAGGUGGCUCGGAACAGGAGGAGAAACCAGCUGAUGGGUCCACUAUAGCUGACCACAAGGGUAAAAGAAGACGAAAUACAGCAAAAGAAUUUUUUAUCAACAAAAAAGACAAGAACCGGGGUCGAAGAAACACAAGAAGGAGAUGAAUUUUGCUAUAAAGAUGUAUGUCGAAGGAGGAUGGAAAAAUCGGAAAAUGAUGAGGGUGAGAAGCAGAUAAAGAGGAUGAUAGGAAGAGCAAAAGAUCCGCCGACUUGAUGAUAAAUGUUUAUACACUUUCAUCAGGCCUUAUAUAAAAACGAAAUUCAUUUAAUUCAUUUCACUUUCUCUUUACAAUCAAGUGUUAACACAAGUGUUUACGAAUUGACGUAAACCACCAAUAAACUUCGAGAGUCUCUAUUUCCUGGUGCCAAUUUCGUUCCAUCAGUGAUCAAACCUCAUUGGCCUACUGACCAGCACCAACAUCAACACCAAGGCAUAUUUUUCGUUGCAAUUUCAUUCUUUGGGCCUCUAUUAGGACUUACAUUUUUAUAUCAUUGACUUUUCAUCACUCUCAGCGAAUCAACAUUUUGUGCAAUUGUAAUUGUUCCGGUUAAUUUUGAUUUUCCUCGACGUCUGUUGAUAUCUCCAUUGAUCAACAUUUUCAAUCAUGAAACUGGUAUGUAAACACAUUUGAUUUACCCUGUUACCUUUUUGUCUCUUCUUGAAAAAUUAAAUCACUCUAAUUUGUCA